AUGGCCGGCGGGAAGGAGCCGAUCGAGGUCAGGUUCCGGCUCUUCGACGGCACGGACAUCGGGCCCACCAAGUACGAUCCCUCCACCACAGUCUCCUCGCUCAAGGAGUUCAUCCUCGCUCGGUGGCCGCAAGAUAAGGAUAUAGCUCCAAAAACUGUUAAUGACUUGAAGCUUAUCAAUGCUGGAAGGAUAUUGGAGAAUAACCGGACACUUGCAGAGUCCCGUGUUCCAGUAGGAGAGGUUCCAGGAGGUGUAAUUACAAUGCAUGUGGUAGUGCGACCUCCACAAGCUGACAAAAACAGUGGUAUUGCCGACAAUUUCAGCCCUUUGUUCAUAACAUUUUCUUAG